UGUGUGAAAUUUGUAUACCUUGUUUCAGGAAUCACUGAAGAGUUCUCAGAAGUGAGAUAAACAAUGGUGAAUGCCUUCGUACCUCCUUUCUGUAUAAACAUACAGGAAACAUUGUCAAGAUCUAUAUGUGUAUGUGUCAUAUAAAAACCCUUGGAUGUGUCUUUUAUGAAGGGGGGAGACUUUCUCAAACACGAACUGUGGGAUCAUUCCACGUGCAACGAUGAACUGUUGUUAUAAACCCAACACACUUUAGUGUACAUCUGUACAUCUACAGUAUAUGCAUCAGACGAACACUUCAUGUUCAUCAGCUUUCAGGAAACAUUUUGGUCUGAUCAUUUACAAACCUCUGGAUGAUUUAUUUAUGUGCAAGACCAGCUCGUAUGUCCAGAUAUGGGCUGGUCACAGAACUGACCUUUGACCCUGAUCAUGUGGUUCAGUCGACCAAUGACACUUGGCCACCAAGUUGAAAUUGAGACUGAAGACGAAGAUGAAGAGUACACAUCAGUACGUUUUGUAAUGGGGUUUGGGGCUGAUCUACAGGGAAAAGAGUCCCACGAAGCCUUGGUCAGGAUCCAGGAUGCGGAAAUUCGCUUACUGGAGAACAUCAAACGGUGUAUGCAGAUGAGGAUAGACACAGAUAAGAAAUAUGCAACAGCUCUUUCACAGCUGGUCUCCCAGGCCCACAAGGUCAAUGCAGACCCAGCUAACGAGUUUACACCACUUUGUUCCGUUUUCAAGGUCUGGGAUGUGGUGGUCCGAGAGACUCACCAACUGGCCUUACUGUUUGGGUCCAGCUCGGAGGAGUUGUCGUCAAAAACCCUGGAAAAAUUGACGAGUUUGAUUAGCGAAAAAAAAUCUGCUAGAAAGUUCUACUCGGAUGAACGAAACCGUUUAGAAGCAGACUUUACCAAGCUUCAGGAUGAAUUGGGUAAAAGUAAGAGUGAGUACCACAGACUCGUGGACAGAUUGAGAUUAGAUAAAGCCAGAUUUGAGGACCUCUACAGGAAAGGUAAAGGCAGACUUGAAGAAGCCAAAGUUAAAUACCUGCGGUCGACAGUCAAAUUACACAAGCUUCACAAUGACUAUGUGUUAGGGAUCAAAGAGACUCAGCUUCAUCAGGAACAUUACCUGGACAAAAACCUGCCCACAUUUCUGGAUUAUCAUCAGAACACUCAGCACAUACUAGUGGAGCAGUGUAAAGACAUUCUGCUGGACUACUCCCGCCUUACAAACCUGGGACAGCCUCAGUACCAGGACAUUUAUAACGCAAUCCAAGAUGCUGUACAGGGAAUUAACCCCGAUGAAGAAUACAAUAAAUUCAUGCAGGAAAACAGGUCUGACCCAUUAGGGAGCUUGCGGUUUGAGUUUGAUGAGAAGUUGCUGGACGACUAUCAGGGCAGUUUACAGGUGGACCAAUUAGCCUGUGACGACUUGACCCUGGAAACACUCAAACACAGGAGAGCGAUCAUGGAGGACAAACUUAACGUUGGGAAGAGUGUUUUGUCGAACACAAAGGCUGAGUUAAGCCAGAUGGUUGAGCAGUUAGAAGAUGUGAGAAAUAAGCUGAUACAAGAAGCUGACGAGGUCAUUAAGAACGAUUACUACGUCAAACGUCGUGCAAUGGAAAUCUUAAGAGGAAGUUCACAGAUGACGAAUGUGACGUUGCCAAGCAACAGGCCUUGUUUGAUACAUUACAGGGCUUUGAAAAGGUGGAUCAAAGGUUUAUCACUUCAGGAUGAAUUGGGUAAAAGUAAGAGUGAGUACCACAGACUCGUGGACAGAUUGAGAUUAGAUAAAGCCAGAUUUGAGGACCUCUACAGGAAAGGUAAAGGCAGACUUGAAGAAGCCAAAGUUAAAUACCUGCGGUCGACAGUCAAAUUACACAAGCUUCACAAUGACUAUGUGUUAGGGAUCAAAGAGACUCAGCUUCAUCAGGAACAUUACCUGGACAAAAACCUGCCCACUUUUCUGGAUUAUCAUCAGAACACUCAGCACAUACUAGUGGAGCAGUGUAAAGACAUUCUGCUGGACUACUCCCGCCUUACAAACCUGGGACAGCCUCAGUACCAGGACAUUUAUAACGCAAUCCAAGAUGCUGUACAGGGAAUUAACCCUGAUGAAGAAUACAAUAAAUUCAUGCAGGAAAACAGGUCUGACCCAUUAGGGAGCUUGCGGUUUGAGUUUGAUGAGAAGUUGCUGGACGACUAUCAGGGCAGUUUACAGGUGGACCAAUUAGCCUGUGACGACUUGACCCUGGAAACACUCAAACACAGGAGAGCGAUCAUGGAGGACAAACUUAACGUUGGGAAGAGUGUUUUGUCGAACACAAAGGCUGAGUUAAGCCAGAUGGUUGAGCAGUUAGAAGAUGUGAGAAAUAAGCUGAUACAAGAAGCUGACGAGGUCAUUAAGAACGAUUACUAUGUCAAACGUCGUGCAAUGGAAAUCUUAAAGAGGAAGUUCACAGAUGACGAAUGUGACGUUGCCAAGCAACAGGCCUUGUUUGAUACGUUGGACCGCCCCCUGAAGGAGCUUGGAGACAAGGCCCCGCCCCCUGGCUUGGAGCUUCCUGACAUGAAUGGCUUGGAGGGAAUCGCAGACCUCUCAAAUUCCUCUGGAUCCUCUGCCUCAUCAGGCCUGUCAGCUUUCAAGGACAUUUUUCAAGGACUUCGUAAAGCCAGCGGGGGGCGGAAAAACCUGGAAGAUGAAGAAUGGUUCCACGGGAUAUUACCAAGAGAGGAAGUGAUACGACUUUCAAACAUGAGAGAUUUUCUUGUGCGUGAAAGUAAAAACAGGAAAAACAACGAGACACAGUUUGUGCUGUCUGUGUUUUGGAUGGUACCUAAACACUUCAUUAUACAGAGGUGUGAGGGAGGUUGGAGGUUCGAAGGUCAGAUUUUCCCGACGAUGUCAGAGUUGAUCCACUUCCAGCUAACCUCUGGUGAACCGGUGACAAGUAAGUCACAGGCGAUCUUAAAGACACCUAUCCUGCGUGAGGAGUGGGAACUCAAGAAUGAUGAUAUUGAACUACAGCAAAAAAUAGGAAACGGUAAUUUUGGUGAGGUGUUCAAAGGUCUGUUCCGCCCCAAGGGCAUGGUGGUGGCAGUGAAGACGUGUAGAGACACGCUGAAAGAAGAGCAGAGGAAAAACUUUAUGACAGAAGGGCGGAUCCUGAAGCAGUAUGAGCAUCCCAAUAUCGUGCAGUUCAUUGGCAUAGCAACCCAGAGGCAGCCCGUCAUGAUCAUCAUGGAAUAUUGCUCAGGGGGAGCUCUGCUAGGCUUCCUACGUAAACAGGGGAAAGCUCAGACAAAGCGAACGCUUGUGAUGAUGUGCCGUGACGCUGCCAGCGGAAUGGCGUACCUGGAGGAGAAGGGGUGUAUUCACAGGGAUUUAGCCGCGAGGAACUGUCUCAUAGCUGCUCAGAACGUGGUGAAAAUCUCAGACUUUGGAAUGUCCCGUGAAGAAGAGGAAUACACAGUCUCAGAAGGCAUGAAGCAGAUCCCCAUCAAAUGGACGGCGCCAGAGGCUCUUAAUUACGGGAAGUACACGUCCCUGUGUGAUGUGUGGAGUUAUGGGAUCCUCAUGUGGGAAGUCUUCUCUUGUGGGACAACCCCUUAUGUUGGAAUGUCAAACUCCGUAGCCAGGGAACAGAUUGAGACAGGUUACCGUAUGCCAGCGCCCGAAGGCACUCCAGACAGUGCAUACCAACUUAUGCUGAAAUGCUGGGAGUAUCAGCCAGAGAAAAGGCUGCAUUUCAAAGAGAUACACCAGGAACUGUUGAGAACUUUGAAUACCUUAUAGGGCUGUCUGUGAGCCGUUAGAGUGGUGUGUUAGAGGGCUAAGAGAGCGACAAAGCCUAUGGUUGCUUCUGAUUGCUUGUGGUAUUUCCAUGACAUUUGGUAUUUCCUCAUCUGUGGAGUACUGUGCUGUGAUUCAAAGAGUUAUCUGUUUGAUGCCCAUAUGCUUGAGAAAGAUUGGGAAAAUGUUUCUCCAAUGCCUUCAUAUUUAUGUAUGCCCUGUUACUUGCGUACGUGAAGAGAAGUCUUGGGUGUAAUUGUUAUAUUUCCAUGCUGCAUUCUAAUUGACACUCCACAUCAACUCAUCAGUACUUUUACAUAAGUAGGUCAGAGUAAGCAGUGCACAGUAACUCAACCACACGAAGGAAACUGUAGCAGUGAUCACGUUGGGCUUAAUUAAGCAGCAGAGAGUAAGUUACUCAACCACAGGAAGGAAACUGUAUGAGUGGUUACGUUGGACUUGAGCAUCCAUUUUGGACAGGCCCAGUGUGUUAGGCAGAUUAAUGUGUUCAUAAAAUGGGACUCUGCAGUUGCGGAAUGGUUGAUAAUUGAACAGGUUUCACAGGUUGUGAUUUGACCAGAGUGAAUUGAGUUACCUAUCUGAAAAUGUCAGGAAAAUGGGCCCAAGAAUACAUGUGAUUGGUAUGUAAUACGGUGACUAUUAAGCCAUUACUGGAGUUAUGUGAUUUGCUGAUGACAGCUGUUCGUCGAGGAGCUAAG